CCCAAAACCAUGCGCGCACGCAGCAUCCAUUGGAAAUGGAACCUGCAAUGCUCAUGGGCGCAACACCGACAGAUCGGUUGAAUAAUCUACUUCGACAUCCACACAGAUGCCACCUCCGCAUCUUCGAUCGAUCAACAGUCUAACGGACUGUACGGGUCCUAGCCGGUAAUCAAAGCCACAUGGUCUUGGUGCGCGCGUUAGCUCUCGCCCGUCGCUUGCGUGCAACUUUUUUUUUGUGCAAGGUGAUAUCGGCAACAGGAGCUGACACAAAGAUCUGCACACCCCUUGCGUGCUAUCUGCGUGGCCUCCGCGUGCGUGGAUGGCGAACAAUGGAACCUGAUCCCAGCGAAACUCACCAUCAAAGAGGUUCGCCAACGCUAGCGUCAACACCCAUCACCCCAAAUCACCGGCAGUCAUCCUGCAAUCUGGGCUGUCCUCGGCUCGUCGACCGACCAAGAGUUUUCUUCAGAAUUGAUGCGCUAUCGAUUGUGAUUCAAACGACCACCACCUAUUCGGUGACCCAGAAAUAUAUAUGCUGUGCAUUUAGUUUAACGGAAGUUGCUGAGGAUAACUCCCAAGCUAGGUAGCCACCCUUAAGACUUGGAUGCCUAGGUGUUCAAUGCGAGGUGUUUGGCGUAGAAAAGGGGCGAAUGAAACCCGAGCGCCCUCACACUACGUUAGGUUAUCUAGGUGACCUUAUCUCU